UACGGUCACACUCGGUGCUGGCCAAAAAAAGAAAAGAAGUGAACAAUUGAAGCUGAAUUAAUUGAAUUGAGAGCAAUUGCUGCGCUUGGCAGAGGAGCAGCUGAGCAAUGCAGGUGUGAUCCGCUGGCCGGGCGCCGAGGCACAACAGAAGGAUGCACUUUUCCAUACCGGACACCCAGGAGCUGGGCUCCUCGCCCACCUACACGGCAUACAACAUACACAUCAACGGCAGCCGCCACUGCGUCCUGCGCUACAAACAGCUGCACUCCCUGAACGAAUCACUGCGCAGGCACUGUGUGGGCGUUCCCCUGCCGCCCUUCCCCCCGAAGCGCCUCCUGCCGCUCACCAGCGGCCAACUGGAGGCGCGUCGCAGCUCCCUGGAGCAGUACCUGCAGGCGGUGGGUCAGGACAACCGCCUGGCCAGAUCCGCCCAUCUGCAGCACUUUCUGCAGCGGGCCCAACUGGAUACGGCGCUGGCCGAGGGUCAGGUAACCAGCGAUUGCGAGGAGCAGCCGCUGGAGGUGCAGGUCUACACGAAUCCCGCCAGCGAACGCAUCCUGGUCAGCUGCUCGGUGCAGCAGAACGCCAGUGCCCUGCUGAAAAGCGUCUGCCGGGAUCUCCAGCUGCCCGAGGAGCUGGUGCGCUUCUUCUGCCUGUUCCUAGUGCGGCGCCCGCGGAAAUCCGAUGAACUGCAUCUGGUGCGUCGCCUCAUGGACUUCGAAUCGCCGUACAUAACGCGUCUGCGCGUCCAGCCCUGCGAUCUGCUGCUUCGUACCUGCUACUGGGACUCGAGUAGAGAUGCCAAGCUCACCGGGAACAAGGUGGCCCUGAAUCUGCUGUAUAGCCAAACCGUGGCGGAUGUUCACCGCGAGUGGGUGGUCAUCUGUUCGCCCGGCGAGGGUCGCCAACUGAGCAGCCUGCAGAUGCAGGGAAGAGCGCGAGAGUACAUGGAGCUGGUGCGUCAGCUGCCCUCCUACAACUGCCUGCAGUUCGACGAGGCACAGGUGGACUAUCCGGAGGCGAAUACCCUGGCGCUAAUCAGCAUUGGCAACAAGGAGUUGGCCCUGCGCACGGCGCGUGGCGCCAAGAUCUACGAGACCAAGUUCCGGGUGACCAGGAUGCGGUCCUGGCGCGUCAGCGUCACUCACAAUACAUUGGAGUCGCGUCUGCAGCCCUCGCACCUUCAGCUGGCCUUCGAGUAUCUCAUUGGCAAGCAGACGCUGCGCUGGAUAACCAUCAACAGCGAGCAGGCCAUGCUGAUGUCCGUGUGCCUGCAGGCAAUGGUCGACGAGCUGUUACAGAGAGGAGGUGAGAAGGCGCAUCCCGGCAGUGACGACGAGCAGACGGCAGUGACCUCCGCCUCAUCGACGCCCAGCUCAACGUGCUCCACGUCAACGUGGGCAUCUUCCUCGUGCUCCACGUCCACGGCGCCCACAACGCCGCCAGUUAGGUUUCUGUCCGAGAACUCGGCUCCUAAAUCCAAGCCCAGGUUGACCACCUCUCGUACGUUUGGAGCCGUUUUCUUCCGCAACGACGUAGUGGACAAUGGAGCAAGGGUGGCCAACGAGGCGUUCGAAGGCAUCGGGGAUGAUGAUCUAUGAAUGUGCUAAUGCGCAGUGCUUGCCGUGAGUUGCCAAAACGAGUGCUCUUUUGCAAGGAAAGAGCCGCCAAACUAGUUUAAAUCCCACACAGGCAGCUCAACUCUUUUGACUAAGGUUGACAAUUUUAUAUGUGUGUAAUACAAAGACUUUAUUCUCUCUGCUACUUGCAAAUGUUACGAAGUCUAAAUUAAGGUUUAAGGCGUAUUAUCUGUUUAUUGGAUGAAAGCGCUGAAUUGUGGUGUAAAGAAAUGAAUGCUCAAGAUGAAUGGCCCGUUUUACCUUCAUUACUUAUAUCUACAUGUUGAAUUAUUGUAAAUGAUCUGUAAAUUAAUAUUCGACGACGCAUUUUAUCUCUUUUUCUUAUCAUUUCCUGUAUUGUAAUAUAUGUACGUGAAACUUUCUUUAUUUUAGAGAUAGAUGAGAAGAGAAUAUGUUAUGCAUUUUAUAAAAAUAAAUGUACUGAUAACUAUGACGAAUGAAAUGGAUCCAACUGGAUUUUACGGAAAAAAAUAUGUAUGUACAUUCCCUAAUCUGUUGAAUCACUUCCAAAUAAAUGACGACAGCGUUUGA